UGGGGAUGAAAAAUCACUGCAGCAUGCUGAGGAUGGAUUGCAGUCAGGGAGGAGAGCUUCUAGCUCCGGUCUCCUACUAGUUCUGCAUUUCUCCUGCUCUGCUCAUUUGGGAUCUGCUGCGCUGUAGUUCUGAUUAGUGGCAUUUUAUUUCCCUGUUGUCAUAGUAGGAUAGUUUUCUGGAAUGAAAGAUGGGAGGAAUCCCAGUCUGUAGCUGCACUGGGGAUCACAACUGCCUGUGAAACUGCUGCGCUCUGAAUUAUUCUUGGCUGCUGGGACGCACGGCGCUCAAUAAAGCGCACGGGAUCUGUCGCAAAAUGCUGCCCGACUCGGGCCAGGUUGAACCAUGGGAGAUUUAAUCAAUAGCAGGGGAGGAAUCGGACCUGGGAGGUUACUCAGAACCUCCUCCUUUAUUGCCAACUUUCCCCUGAGGAGAGGGAAGGAGCCGGGAACCUGAACUCGGUGGAGAAAGAACAUGUGAGCAGGAGAUUUCAUCCAGGCGCCACAGCAUCUGCAUAUGGUUACCACGGGUUUGAACAGUGCUUGAGGAGUUAUGCAGAUCAGAGGGACAUUGCUACCUGGUUCUUUUACUCUCCUGCUUCAUUGUCUCACUCUACCCUUGCUUGGACUCAUUCAGAUUGCUCAGUCAGAACUCCAGAGAACAUGUUCCAGAUCAACAUCUGAGAGCCUUCCCAGCGGGUGCCAAAAAUCAUGUCCUUGCAGACCUCCGCCUUUGCUCCCGCCUCCUCCGCCACCACCCCCGCCUCCAAGACUUCACCCACCCACUGUUGGUCCUGUAUGCAUUCAGGAAAAGACCUGGUGGCAUUUCCUGGUAAUUAUUGUUGCUGCAGUUCUUCUCUUUGUAGCUGUUAUCAUGUGCUACAAAGCAAUAAAGAGGAAACCAAUGCGCAAAGAGGAGAAUGGAACUAGCAGGGCAGAAUAUGCAAUGUCUCUGGAAACUGCCUAGAACCAGGAUCCCAGCUGUGGAUAUUAUUAUCAUCAUUGCAUACCCUUCAAAUUACGGGAGGCACAGAAUGCACGUAUCCCUUUUUCAUUGUUUUGUUUUUGAUGGAUAAGUACUUGCAGAAGUCAUGGAGAGGAGGACUUCAUUUGGAGUCAUAUGCACCUGUUGCAAAGGCUGAGUGUGAGGUUUUUGUCCAACAAAGGACAAAAAUGUACUUCAGAGCAUUCACAUGAGAAGAAGGUACCUUCAUUGCAUGUAUCUGGUAGAAAGCCCAGGUACUCCUGUUAUUGACUGACCACAGAAAGGAUUGUAUGGCUGUGAAGUACGGAGGGAGACUUGCAGUCAUUUGGUCUCCAGUGGAGAAUGUAGACUAUGGCAUCUGCAUGUGCAGUGUUUUCCUAUCAAGGACUGAACCAUUGUAUUAUGGACACUCUGGGAUGAUACCAUAAUUCUGAGAUACCCCAAAAUGAAUGCAUGCACUUAAUAACUUAACCCAGGACACACAGCUGCGGUAUCACCACUAUGCAAUACCAAUGGCUGAAGAUGGUUCCAAGAAAGCAAUGUAAUUGACAAGAUUUAUGACUUUGUUGUUUUUAACUAUUAGUUGCCAGUUUGGAUCACAUCGUCCCACCAAACAAUAGUUAGACCCAACUGGUUAGGAGAGGUCUCACGGUGCUUUGAGCAGUAAUUUCAUGUUUCAUUUCUUUCUUUUUUAAUAUAUUAUUUCUUUAGCCUAACCAAAAGAUGAAUUAUUUUUUUUGCUCUCUGAAUGGUAUUUUGUUGAUUUAUCCAUACCAGUGUGCAUUUGUAUUCACUGUGCAAGAGAAAGGAUGGCAGCUCUGGGUGACAGAUUUAUCACUUCUCAGAUGAUUAGAUGUAUCAGCAAUGGCAGCCUGAGCAGCAAACAAUUGUCUGGACUGGUACAAUUGUAAUAAUAAUAAUCCCAAAUACAUAUUCAUUGAAGCUUCUGGCUACUACAGAAUCUGUUGGCAAAUAGUACAGGCAAUUAGCACUUGUCAUUAAUUUAUCAGGGUGCAACACUGAGGGGGUGAUUUAUCAAAAUCCAAAUUUUCUGCUACAAACUGCGAUCAAAUCCUCUUGGGUUUUUUGUGCUUA